AUGGCUCUCCAGCAGUUUGUCUGCUGUUUCUCUGUGAUGAUCAUUCUCUUAUGCAAUGAUGGCCAUGCACAGAUGUCUGGUGUGCCCAUUUUAUUGGCUGGGUCUGGAUCGACUCGAUGCUCUGGAAGAGUUGAAGUUUAUCACAAUAACAUCUGGGGAACAGUCUGUGAUGAUGGCUGGGGCUUAAAUGAUGCUCAGGUGGUUUGCAGACAGUUAAACUGUGGGUCAGCACUACAGGCUCUCCAGAUGGCUUACUUUGGUCCAGGAACUGGACAGAUUUGGCUUGAUGACGUGGUCUGUUCAGGAAGUGAAAGUUCUCUAACUGAGUGUCAGCACAGAGCAUUUGGAUCACACAACUGUGUACAUGGUGAGGAUGCUGGUGUCAUUUGUUCAGGUGUGCCCAUCCGAUUAGCUGGAUCUGGAUCAACUCGAUGCUCUGGAAGAGUUGAAAUUUAUCACAAUAACAGCUGGGGAACAGUCUGUGAUGAUGGCUGGGACUUAAAUGAUGCUGAGGUGGUUUGCAGAGAGUUAAACUGUGGGUCGGCACUACAGGCUCUUCCAUCAACUUACUUUGGUGCAGGCACUGGACAGAUUUGGCUUGAUAAUGUGACCUGUUCAGGAAAUGAAAGUUCUCUAACUGAGUGUCAGCACAGAGCAUUUGGCUCACACAACUGUGUACAUGGUCAGGAUGCUGGUGUCAUUUGUUCAGGUUCGCCCAUCAGAUUAGCUGGGCCUGAAUCAACUCGAUGCUCUGGCAGAGUUGAAGUUUAUCACAAUAACAUCUGGGGAACAGUCUGUGAUGAUCGCUGGGACUUAAAUGAUGCUCAGGUGGUUUGCAGACAGCUAAAAUGUGGACCGGCACUACAGGCUCUUAAAUCAGCUCACUUCAGUGCAGGAACUGGACAGAUAUGGCUUGAUGAAGUGACCUGUUCAGGAAAUGAAAACUUUCUAACUGGGUGUCAGUUCAGUGGAUUUGGAGCACACAACUGUAAACAUUCUCAGGACGCUGGUGUCAUCUGUUCAGCUCUAUGGAGGAAGUUCUUGGUGAAAGUGAAUCUGGCUGCUGUCGACUCCUCCGUGGACAUGAAAGACCCGGCUGUGAUGGAGUCUGUCAUGAAUUUGGUCAAAAAUGAGCUGGUAGGUACGGCUGGCGACCUAAAAGUGAGCUGGUGGAAACUUCCAGAAAAGAAAGACAUCAACAAACAAGAGACGUGUACUCCAUAGUUCACACUGUUUGUUUCAAUAGCUGGAUAAAGGCGGCUUACAGCCUGUAAAAGUGAUGUGAUUGAUUUAAUCUUUACUUUUCACAUGAUAUCUGUGUGUUUGCUUUUCUGUUGUGGUACAUUUAGUUGUAAAACAAACAUAAUGUCAUGGUCCUGAGUCUGAUCAUUCAGUGUUUUGUGUUUAUUAAUAAUAUCUUAUGUUCUUGUUUAUUUUGGUUAUGUAUUCUGUUAAGAUUUGCUAGUUGUUGGGUUUUGGUUCUGUACUCCCUCUGUUCCAGGUCAGUCAGGUCUCAGUGUAAAGCCUGUGUCUCUGCAUUUGUGUUGAGUUUCCUGUUUUACUUUGAAAGUCUGUGUCUUAUGUCAGUGUAUUCAGUUUUGCCCGCUCUCGCGUCUCGUCUG